GAGAACACCCAGGCCUAAACAGAUCGAGAUCAUAUUGUACACACUUUCUUCUCGCCGAAAGAAAGAAUGGAAGCAAAUAGAGAAGCGGAAGAGGCAAUGCUUAGAGGGCAAGCAGAUAUAUGGAAAUACAUGUUUGGGUUUGUAGAUUCCAUGGCAUUGAAAUGUGCGGUGGAGCUCCGUAUUGCUGAUAUUAUACACUCUCACUCUGGCCCAGUCACUUUGUCCCAAAUUGCCUCUGCUUUAGAUACCAACUCAGCCUCUCCUGACAUCAACGCUCUUGAACGCAUCAUGAGGUUGUUAGUCAGUAGAAAAAUAUUCACGCAACAUCAUGAUCACAAUUAAUCGGAUGGUGGAGACCAUACUACUUUCUAUGGGCUGACCCACUCAUCCACAUGGCUUCUACAUGACUCGGAGUUCAGUCUAGCUCCAAUGGUUUUAAUGCAGAACCAUGCAAAUUUAUUGGUUCCAUGGCACUGUUUUAGUGGAUGCGUCAAGGAAGGUGGAUUUGCCUUCAACAAGGCCCAUGGCAGUGGCAUCUGGGCCUUCGCGUCUCAGAAUCCUGAUUUCAACAAACUGUUCAAUGAUGCCAUGGAGUGCUCGUCUAGGAUCAUGUCCAAGGCAAUUGUCUCAGCGUACAAAGAUGGUUUUGGCAGUGUGAAAUCGCUGGUGGACGUGGGUGGUGGGACCGGAAGGACCAUGGCUGAGAUCGUGAAAGCGUAUCCCCACAUCAAAGGGAUCAACUUCGAUUUGCCACAUGUCAUCGCCACAGCUCCUGCCUACGAUGGGGUGUCCCACAUUGGAGGUGAUAUGUUUGAGGGCAUUCCAAAUGCUGAUGCUGUUUUCAUCAAGUGGAUAUUGCACGACUGGGACGACGAAUACUGCGUAAAGAUCUUGAAAAAUUGUAGGAAAGCUGUACCAGAAAAGAGUGGCAAAGUUAUAAUAAUAGACAUGGUUUUGAAAGCAAAAGGGAACGACAAUAUUUUUGAUGAGAUAGGAAUGAUGUUUGAUAUGGUGACGCUAGCACUUACCGAAGGUGGAAAAGAGAGAACCGACAAGGAAUGGAAGAAGAUAUUGAAAGAGGGAGGUUUCCCCCGUUAUAAAAUCAUCAACAUUCCUGCGGUUGCAUCCAUUAUUGAAGCCUAUCCAGAAUGAUGAGAUGCAACGUUAUAUAUAUAUACAUAUAUAUAUAUAAAAUAAUCCCCAUUCAUCAAAAAAAAAUAUAUAUAUAUAUAUAUAUAUAAUAAUCCCCAAUGUUGCUGGUUCAAUGUUGUUCGUGUUAUAAAUACUUGGUCCUUACUUCAAUUUAUUCCUGCGAAUAAAUGAAUUUCAAUGUAUUGAAAAUCCCAGAUCAGAUUUAAUUAGAACAAAUUAUGCACUCUAAAAGGGGAAUGGAGAUGCCUUUACAUUUACUUUUCAGUUUGCAUUUAAUUUUAUAAACUCAUGCAGCCAUUCAAUUCUACGUUUAAAGGAGAAGGAAUGGAAGAUGAAUACAGAAAGAGGGAGGUUUGGAUGGAGAAAAUUUUGUAAGAUUUAAUAUUUUAUAAUCACUUACAACGUGAUACAAUAUUAUAACAAUGAUAGAUCAAGAUUGCCACACCAAUGAAAAUAAAUAUUUCGUUAAUCGCAUCUUAACAUUGUUCUAACUUCUAUGGCCUGUGCGGUCAAGAUCAUCUUGGGGGCAGUCUACAGGCAUCAACUUCGAUUUGCCACGUUUCAUUGCCACGACGCCCAUGUACCCAUCUAUGUAAUGGAAUCAGCUAUUUUGGAGGUGACAUGUUUGAGGCUAGUCCUAUUGCGACUGUCGUUUUUGUUUUUCUCUAAGGACUGAUGUACAUAUAAUCCUUACGUUAAUUCAAUUAAUAUGAUUAUAUUAUAAUAUGA